ACCCGGAAACGUCGGAGGGACCUAUUAUAGUGUUGCAAAAGCAGACCAGUCUGGUCGUCGGAAAAAUGUCUGACCAGAAACCAACGGUGGAUCCUGAAGUCCCCUUUGCCAAGAGAAUAGAUCCAAACAAAGAGGAUCUUACCAGGGACGAGUUCUACUUUAUCAGACAAGUGGAGCUCGCGCAAUGGAAGAAGAAAUCGCAGCAACUGAGGGGCCGUAAUAUUGCAACAGGACUUGGUAUCGGAGCCAUUGUAAUGGGAAUUUAUGCCUACACGUUUUACUCAGUGAAACAGGAGAAGAUCAUGGAUGAGCUGGAUGAGGAGGCCAAGAUAAGAGGGGCAAAGACAGGUGCCAACUGACAUGGCAAUCAGAAAACUUAGCUCAGAUGGACUGUGUGGUGUGCCAGGUAUCCUAUCUACUUUACUGGAAUGGUCGAAGGGACUAAUGCAGAAGCUACACCUUAUUCCACUGCUAGACAUUGUCAACUUUCAAAGAGGCAGCAUUGGACCUGUUUUGCCCAGGAUCUGUAGGUUAUGUAAUUAUGUUGCUGACUUAAGCGUCUUCAUUGUGAUUAAACAUGUGUAACAGGGUUAUAUUGGUGAUUCCCCUUGCUACUUUAUUGUUAAGCCAAUGGGUUUUGGUUUUAGAUUUGUCCUGCCUUCACCUACUCAACAUGGCAUCUUAUUGGCUGGUUUGCGUACGAGGGGGGAUGUUCCAGUUAGAAUCGUCACAGUGAACAAGCACCAAACCAGCGGUAAGUUGUUGGUUGCAAAGCACUGCACGUCAAAAGGGAUUUUUAUACUCCCAAGUGAUGUUUUAAAUGUACAAUUUAUAUCAAUUUGUUUGUAAAUGUUAUUGGAACAUCACACAUAAGAUACAGCGUUUUUUGUUGCAUAUUUGUUAUGCAUUUUGUUGUAGAGAAUUCCACCUAAUACUAGCUAGCAACUUACUGUGUCUGGGGGGGGGGGGGUCGUAUAUUUUGCACAGUGCGUCACAUGCAGAGUUGGAUGGUGAGUUGUGCAUUGCAUGACAUGCAAUUUUGUGCUGUUUCUAUCAGAAUAAAGCUCCAUGACUGGUGCUACAAGUUGGA